UUACAGCUGUCAUCACACAACUCUAAAAUGCCUGAACCUUUAAUAUGCACUAGCAAUACUUUGGGCAAUAUCGAUUAUGGAAUUCCAAUUGUCGCAAAUAAGGCUUCUGAUUUUCGAACAUCAACCGGACUGUAUCAUAGGCUUAUUCCAAAUGUAGCUCAGGAGUUUGACUGUAGAGUGAAGGCAAGGAUCAAACCAGAGUUAAACAAAUCUAACGUUGUUGUACGUGAUGAAUCCUCCAAAUCGACCUACACAAAUGCGCACCAUUGGAAAUUUCCAGACAAGUCCGUCGUAAGGCAUUUCCCUGUACCGAUGAACUCGUCGGACAUUUCCUACAUUCGGGGAGCCCAGGAAAAGUGUUUUAGGAAGCCACCACCGGUUAAACCGACGAAAAUUUCGGAAAUGAAAGAAUCCUUUUACCCUUCGUAUGUCAAGUCUUGUUCCGAAGAGGUGCGCCCUCCCGAACCGUAUGCGAAAUGCGAAAUACGAGGGUUGGGAAGGGACGAACAACCGGCGAUCCGUCCUGAAGAGAAAGGAUCUUGGAAAUUAAUGGAUCCAUAUCUUACAACGUCUCGAUCUACCUAUCUACCUUUCACAGUUAAUCAGCAAAAUGGUGUCGCAAAGAAAGACAUUGUGACCUAUUAUGAUGCUUCCAACUUUCCUAAGGUGAAGGGGUUCGGUCCUCGGAAUGGUCCCGCCAUUGAUCCACUGGAGCCUAAAAGGAAAGUUCCGAUGUUAGAUCGAAUGCCAUUUAAAAAACAACCAUUCGAAAGACGACUCUAUGUUCUAUCAAAAACAGUCCCAAAUUUUGGGAAGAAGUCCGAGAUGAAAGCCAACUUUGUUGGUCAGUCCUUUUCCGAUAUGAGCCCUUAUUUACACCAGUGUGGAGUAGAAUUUCCUUGCUCGUUAUCGAAUGCAAGCGCGUGGCAAAAUUUGGCGCCCCCUGGAAUGUACUGUACUGAAUAUUGUCAUAUUGGAAGCGGAUGGCCAGUGAAUAGCAUUGUGGAUUAUGGAUUACCACCGGAAUAUGUAAAACACAAACAGUGUUGUUGAAAUUAAAAUAUAUAGUCAAUUUUUUGGGUUAAAUGUAAUAAAAUUUACAUUAAA